GAUGCGGCUAAACGGGGGAUUUCUCCGUUGCUUGAAUCCAUUGGAUUCCCAGCAUCGGUCCAUUCUCUCCAGGUUAUAGUCGGAGCCUCGUUCUCGCAUGACAUGAUGGCCGAAGUUGCUGCUUCUUGCUAGCCGGUAAAAAGCGGGUGUUUUGACGUCGGGUAUCGCAUGUUAGCCGCGCAUACACUUAAGGUUACGGUAUUCGUUCCCUUUUUUUAUUAUUAUUUUCCUGUCGACUUGUUGAAACGCAUCGAGUUUCAGCAAUUAUCUGGACCCCCGGUCGCUUGGCUCCAGCUUGUCAGCUGCCUCACUUUCCGCGGCUUUUCCAGCGGUCGUGAGCGGCGACUGUACGCCAGCCUCUCGCUGCGCUUUCUGCCGACCACAGGGGAGGGAGGCUUCCCUCUGCCUGGCCGCAGCAUGCAGCUAGCAUCGUAGCCGGUCUUCUUCCAGCAGAAACUCCAUCACGUCUUGCUCAGUGAGCCUGGACAGGUUAGAUGGGAUGGACGGCAUCGGGAGCUCCCUGCCUGCGAUGCCAGAACCAGCCAAUCCGAUCAGCAUGAAGCAGCCGCCCGAGUCCUUGAGCAUCCGCAAGGGCCGGGGGGACCUGGGCGGCGGCGGCCCCGCUCUGCUGAUGGAUAAAGCCGCCGCGCAGCUCGCCGCUACACUACAGGACGGCGUCCUCCAGAAAAUGGCCGGCCAAAAUCACAACAACCACAGCCACGAGAAGCUGAAAGACCUCACCUCCCUGGUGCUGAACGGCGACCAAGACACGCUGCCCAAGCUUUGUACCCCAGAGCCGCCCAUGCUGAAAGGCGACGAAGCCCCGGCUACUAACGACGCCCACGGGGACAUCUGCACGCCGCACGCUGAACCCGAGCUGAAGGCCACGAUACCCCUGGUGGUGGAUCAGCCCGUGUUCGAGCCGUCCUGCGCAGACGGGACCGGCCUGGUCACCGCCACCGAAGGUGCUUUGCCCGGACCUGAAGAAAGACAAGAAGGGAAGAAGAGGAGGGGGAGGCCUAACAAACCCAAGCCCACUAUAAACUGUAGCUCCUCCGUCCUGGACGUGGAGCCGCUCGAGCACGCAGAGGUUGUUGAAGAAUCGGAAGCAGAAAAUGAGCCUACAGCCGUGUCAGAGCCGAUGGAGCCGAUCAGAGAGGAGCGCCCUGCGCGUUUCUCUGUCGGGGAUUUGGUUUGGACGAAGGUGUCGGGGUACCCGUGGUGGCCUUGCAUGGUGACCACAGACCCAGAACUCAACAGCCACUUCAAACCCAAACAGAAAGCCUCCAACAGCAGGUUAGGCCUCCUCUACCACAUACAGUACUUUGGUGAUGCUCCAGAGAGAGGCUUCGUCUUUGAGAAGAACAUGGUGUCCUUUACUGGGGAGGAGCAGUACCUUGAGCUCAGCCAGAGAAGCAAAGUACCAGCCACCAGUUCUGCCCAUAGGAAGAGGGCUCCCUCCGUGCCUCGCAACCUCCAGGUUCAGUGGAACAUGGGUGUCAUUCAGGCCAAAGAAGCCCUCAGCAUGUCGCCGGACAAGCGCCUCGACAACUUCGGCUUCAUCUACGACGGCGACGGGCCUCACCUGAACCCGCUCAUCCUGGAGAAGUUGAAGCCAGACCCCAGCAGCGAUGCGCACCGGGAGACCGAAUCCAGGCUCGGCCAAGACGUCUCGUCCUCGUCGAAUCCCCUAGCCUUUCCUCCAGAUGCACAAACUGAACCGUUUGAACCUCAGAAGAAAAAGAGAAGGCCAAAGAUGGCUCAGCGUCCUGCCAAGCUAGGAAGGAGACAGAAAGCCUCUUCAGUCAGCGGGGCUCUGGACCCCACGAGGAGGAGGAAAGUUAAGCCACUUUCUUCCACAGAUGACUCAGAAGACGUCUCGCCUCAGGGUUCUGUUCCAGGGAGACGAGCACCAAAGAAGAGGCCUAAAAGACCACGAACAGACUCUGCGGCAGACAAGGAUCCACAGCCCAAAAAGAGACGUAGAACUGCCAAGAAUCCUGAAAAACAGGCCUCGGUUUCCGACGAGACGAACAAAAAGCGGAGAAGAAAGAAGAAAACCGACACAAAAGAUGUGAAAGAAGCAAGAAAACGGACAAAGAAGUCAAAAGACGAGCAGAGCGUGGAGAAGCCAAAGCGCCGACGGAGAAGAAAACAGGAUGGGGAGAACCAGGCCGCAGCCUCCAAGGCCAAGAAGAGAAGGUCCUCUCCCUGUCCCGACACCGAGGUCAGUCAGUGUGACGGUUCUGCAAGCGAAGAACGUCCUGAUUCUCCAAGCGACAGCCUCGACGGCAUAAAGAAAGGCGAACGGAAGAAAGAGUCCGUCUGCCAGAUCUGCGAGGUGGCUGGCGAGGACCUGGUAUCCUGCGAGGGUCAGUGUUGCGGCAUGUUUCACCUGCACUGCCUUGGUCUGACCCUGAAACCAGACGACAAGCUCCUCUGCAAGGAGUGUAACACAGGGCUCCACUCGUGUUUCAUCUGCAAGCAGUCUGAGGCCGAGCUCCGUCGCUGCCACGUCCCUCACUGUGGCAAGUUUUACCACGAAGGCUGCGUCCGCCUCAACCCCCUCACAGUGUUCGACAACAAGGGCUUCCGCUGCCCGCUUCACACCUGCCUCAGCUGCCACUAUGGCUCCCGCACCAAGCACAAGGCCACCAAGGGCCGGCUGAUGCGCUGCCUCCGAUGCCCCGUGGCGUACCACGUGGGCGACCUGUGCGUCGCUGCCGGAAGCGAGACGAUCACAAACGCGGCCAUCAUCUGCACCAACCACUUUAACGCCAAGAAGGGCUACAGCCACCACAGCCACGUCAACGUCAGCUGGUGCUUCGUCUGCUCCAAAGGAGGACAGCUGCUGUGCUGCGAGUCUUGUCCCGCAGCCUUUCACCCCGACUGCCUGAACAUCGCCAUGCCCGACGGAAGCUGGUUCUGCAACGACUGCCGGGCCGGGAAGAAGCCAAAGUACCGAGACAUCAUAUGGGUCAAGCUGGGCACCUACAGGUGGUGGCCAGCAGAGAUCCACCACCCCAAGAACGUCCCCACAAACAUCCAGCACCUCAGGCACGAGAUCGGAGAGUUCCCCGUGUUCUUCUUUGGCUCCAAGGAUUACUUCUGGACCCACCAGGGCAGAGUGUUUCCCUACAUGGAGGGUGACAGAGGUAGCAAAUACCAGAAGAACGGAAUAGGCAGAGUCUUCAAGAACGCGCUGUUGGAGGCCGAGGCUCGAUUUAAGGAGAUCAAGAUCAAAAGAGAAGCCAAGGAGGCUCAGGAGAACAGCCGCAAACCGCCGCCUUACAAGUUCAUCAAGGUCAACAGACCUUUCGGCAAGGUCCAGGUCUACACCGCAGACGUCUCAGAGAUCCCCAAGUGCAACUGCAAGCCCACAGACGAGCGCCCGUGCGGCUUCGAGUCGGAGUGCCUGAACCGCAUGCUGCAGUACGAGUGCCACCCCCAGGUGUGUCCCAGCGGGGAGCGCUGCUGUAACCAGGACUUCACCAAGCGCCUUUACCCAGACACCAAGAUCAUCAAGACCCCCGGCAAGGGCUGGGGCCUGAUCGCCCUCAGAGACAUCAAGAAGGGCGAGUUUGUGAAUGAGUACAUCGGAGAGCUGAUCGAUGAGGAGGAGUGCAGGGCGAGGAUCAAGUACGCCCACGAGAACAACAUCACCGACUUCUACAUGCUCACCAUCGAUAAGGACCGCAUCAUAGACGCAGGCCCCAAAGGGAACUACUCUCGCUUCAUGAACCACAGCUGUCAGCCCAACUGUGAGACCCAGAAGUGGACGGUGAACGGAGACACGCGCGUGGGCCUGUUUGCGGUCUGCGACAUACCAGCAGGGACAGAACUAACCUUCAACUACAACCUGGACUGCCUCGGCAACGAGAAGACCAUCUGCCGCUGCGGCGCUCCCAACUGCAGCGGCUUCCUGGGGGACCGGCCCAAGAACUCCAACGGCCACGCCGAGCCCAAGGGGAAGAGCUCCAAGAGGAGGUACAGGAGGAGGAAAAGCGAGGGGAAGAAGAAGUCCGAGGACGAGUGUUUCCGCUGCGGAGACGGAGGGCAGCUGGUGCUCUGUGACAAGAAGACCUGCACCAAGGCGUAUCACCUGUCCUGCCUGAACCUCACCAAAAGACCCUUCGGCCGCUGGGACUGCCCCUGGCAUCACUGCGACGUCUGCGGCAAAAACUCAGAGGCCUUCUGCCAGCUCUGCCCCAACUCCUUCUGCAAGGCUCACCAGGAGGGGGCGCUGCGGCCCUGGCCCCCGACGGGAGAGCCCUGCUGCACCGAGCACGACGACGCCGAGGGCCCCGCCAACCAGGCCCGCUGCGAGACCAACCCGGCAGCCGCCGCCGCCACCGGCCGCCCUAAGGGCUGCAGGAAGGCGGAGGGAGCGGAGAGCAGGAGCAAAGGCUCCAAGAGGAAAGCCCCGGAGGCCUGAAGCCACCACAGAGAGCCCACAGGCCAGAGGAGAGCAACACAGCAGCAUGACGGCGCAGAGAGCGAGGCGCUGCAUGCAUGGAUCAUCAGGGAGCGGUGCUGGCCUCUCACACGCUUAGCAUUGACCUUUAGCUUCUAUUUUACUUUUCCUUUCUACCAUGUACCGUCGUCAGGUGUUCUUGUACUAGUCGCACUGAGCUGAGCGCCUGUGGCAAAGCACCAAUCAGCAGAGCCGGAGCGGCCGCCCCAAACUCCGGACACUUCCGCUCCUCCGUGGUAGAGCUGAGCCGCCGCCGCUCCUAGUUCCAUAUUAUCUUCUGUUUAUAUCCCAUACCAAAACUGAUUACUGUAAUAGUGUAAGACGUCAGGCAGGAUGCCAGUGGCUAGUGUUUUUUUUUUUAGAUGUACUAUAAACGUGGAAGCGGAGCCACCAGGACACUAUGAACUUCCUGUGGACUUCCUCCUGUAGCUGUAGAGCAUGUGUAAAUGUAGACGGCUCUUUAUUUUACCACCUGUUGCUUUGUUUUAGCUCAGUUUUUGUUUUUUUUUAUUUUUAUUUUUUAGCUAUUGUUUUAUUAGCAGCACUGGGGGGAGGGGCAUCCCUUCCAGAAUAGCAGGGAUUACGCAGCAGAAUGA